AUGGUCCGAACAUACCUCGCCGCGUCGGCUCCGUGGGACCCACGCCCGAAGCCUAGGAACGCUAACCAGCUCGGCUCACCCCCAACCGCCGGCCUCUUCACACGGGUUUCAUCCAAGCCGACCAACCACUCAAAGUUCACCGGAAAGUGCGGCCGGCCGAAGUGCCGCGGAUGCCAUGAUUGCCCGCCGGCGAAGUCUAAGGACAAGGUCAAGGGGGCCCACAAGGUACGGUCUUCGUCCGAGAUUGUGUCGGGUAGUAGAUUCAAAUUGACCGGCGUUUCCGCGAGUGGUGUUGUUGACUAUUUAGACAAGUACGAUGUUGAUGUUGAUGUUGAUGCUGAUGAUAUUGAUAUUGAUAUUGAUGCUGAUAUUGAUGUUGAUUAUGAUCAAGAAAUUGAAAUUUCUUCGACCGAUGUUUUUGAGAUCGAAGGAUUAGUUGAUGUUGGUAUUCGUGCGGUUGUUCUUGAUGUUGACAACGAUGAUGAUGAUGACGAGGAUGAUGAUGUCAUGAGUUUCUAUGAGGUGGGAUUUAAUUGGGGGCCUGUUGAUGGAGAUGAGAGUUGGUGUUUGGUUGAAGAAAUGUGA